AUGGCUUCCUCCAACCCUCGUCGUAGGACUCCGGCUACUCGUUCCGGUGAAGCUGGCGACGCCUCUCUUAAGACUUCCAUGGCUCUUCGCAAGGGCGCCACCUUCCACUCUCCAUCACCAUCAACGUCGUCGUCACUUGACGACCUCGACUUCACACCUCCACGUCUAUCCCGAUCUCAGAGCCACAUGGACGACGUCGUCGACGCUAAUCGUCGCCGUAUCGCACUGGCCUUGAACGAGUUUGACGAAGCCCUGUCCACCAAGGCUGAAGGCCUUUCCCUCUCCUCAAAGCAGGACAACAUCGAUGCUCUUCGAGACACUGGCCUCCCCGUACCUCGUGGCUUCCUUGAGUUGCCCCUUAUCGACCCGAAAUCGAUGGCCAAGGAACAAGAGAAACGAACACUCCGUCCUCGAUCGACUCGACGGACACACCGCCACACCUCUGACAGCGGGCUUGGCUCUUCGCUGGCCUCUUCCAGCGAUACCCUCGCUGACAAGAAGGGCAGCCCUCAAACAACCGCUACUGCCAUAACUCGUUCAGCAGCCGCUCCCAGUAUGGAGAAUCUUCCCUCGCUCGGCACCAAGGCCGUGCACCGCAUUCACGAACAUCUUCUUGGACCCCUCCUGGAGAAAUCCACCCUUAGAGACUUCAAGCCUAUUGUGCUUGAUGUACCCCGUCGUAUCCGAUCAAAAGAGAUCAUUUGCCUCCGCGAUGUGGAGAAGACCCUGCUAUUCAUGGCACCGUUAUGCUUGAAGGAGAAGGCCAAGUCACCCGCCUUGUACCUGGACUUCUGCCUCACGUCGAUUCGAUGCAUCCAAGCGACUGUCGAGUACCUCACCGACCGAGAACAAAUCCGACCCGGUGAUCGACCUUACACUAACGGCUACUUUAUCGACCUGAAGGAACAAAUUUAUCAAUACGGCAGGGAACUUGCCGCCUACAAAAACGGAGAGCUAAGUGAUUCUAUGGAUCUUGACCAGUAUGUGCCGCGUUUUGUGCCUAUUCGACCCAAAGCUGACACCAACAACCAAAGAUCUGAUGAGAUUCGUCUCAUUGGAGGCAUCCACGAGAAUGGCAGACCCGCAGAGCUCGUCCGCGUCAAGAAAGACGGCACUGCCAUCUCUAUGGCCACUGGUAAGCCUGUUGUGCUACAUGACGGUCCCGUUCAGGUGAAGCGCUCCCUCAGCGAGGUGAGAGAAGACGAGGAAGAGAUUAUGCGAUCAAUGGCCCGCCGUAAGAAGAAUGCCUCCCCCGAGGAGUUGGCACCAAAGAGAUGCCGUGAGCCUGGAUGCAACAAGCAGUUCAAGCGCCCUUGUGAUUUGACCAAGCAUGAAAAGACCCACUCUCGUCCUUGGAAGUGCCCGAUGGAGAAUUGCAAGUAUCACGAAUUCGGCUGGCCAACCGAGAAGGAAAUGGAUCGCCAUAUCAACGACAAGCACUCCGAUGCUCCCGCCAUGUACGAGUGCCGGUUCAAGCCAUGCCCGUACAAGUCAAAGCGUGAGUCGAACUGCAAGCAGCACAUGGAGAAGGCCCACGGUUGGAAGUAUAUUCGCACCAAGACGAAUGGAUCCAAGAAGCCUUCCAUCAAGCCCGCCAGCUCAGUCCAGCAGGCCAGCUCGGUCCAGCAAACCCCACCACUGGGCAACGCGUCCACGCCUUCUGAUGCGUACAGUGUCGCCACUCCACCCCAGGAUGGCGUGACUGCUUCCUCUGGCGACUUUCCUCUGUACCCGGCAGACGCCGACUGGCUUGCCACUUAUGGGCUGCAGCCAGAGACUCUGGACACAAUGGAUUUGUCCAUGGAGAACCUCUCCCCAUCUUCAGCUGGUUCAUACGAGAAUUUCCCUCCGUACCAGAACGGUUCACAAUUUAUUACAGAUGAAGAUAUCUAUGCGGCCACGGCUCAGAUGCCGACUCACAUGCCCAACCCUGCCGACUUGAUGAUGUACGGCAAGAUGGCUCAGCCCCCUCUAUCCUUUGAGCACACGCAACACCAGCAACUUCUCGCUGGCAUGCCAAAUUAUCACACCCCACAGCAGCAGUUCCAGGCCCCGCAAAACAACACAUCGCAAUUCUCCCCGAACGCACAGCAGAAUGCUAUGCUAUACACUCCGCUGUCAAUCGAUGAGGAUGAGGGUCACACGGAUAGCUUCCAGGAUGAGAAUGCGGACUUCCAGCUGUUCGAUUCGACCAUGCAAAAGUCGGGCACGGUCCAGCCAUUGUUCGGCGAGAUCCCAAGUGCUGACAUGGGUUUCUCUCAAAACUCUCAAGACAUUUUUCAGCAAAUCGACUUGUCUCAACUGGAAUACCCAUCAUUCCAGGAAUAA